ACAACAACCAAGACACCACCUUCCUUUUCUUCAACAUCUCAGAAUGGUAACCAUAGCAUGUCCGACUUUCCGGAAGAAGAUAUGAAUUCUAUCAUUGCAACAACCUCACCUACUUCAACUUUAUAUCCUACUACAACAAAUCAGCAGGACGAUUCAAUACCACCUUACCCAUUACAAAGAGGCAACUCCAUACCCUUGACUUCUGGAGUCUACGAUUCACAACAAGACCCAUAUUUAAAAACAAUAUCAGGAAUGAAUCGAUCACAAACAAUAGCAGCAACAACGUCCAUUCCUUCACAAAACAAAUCAUUAUAUUCUCAAUCCAUGUCUACUUCAUUAUCGUCUUCCAUGUCUUCUUAUUCUGGUGGUUCCCCUCGAAAACCAAAAACAAACAUUACCAAAACCAAUUCAAGCUUCGUGCAACGUAUCAUUACCAACGAUCAGCUGGCGAAAAUCCUCGUGGCAAGAACAAGUGAAGAUACCAAUUUGUUUUAUAAUUGUGGAUCUAAUUUUGUUUGGAUGGAUGCUUCUUGUCAACCUAUGGAACCUUUAUCAAGAGUUGUAUUUGCUCGAGCAUAUCCUACAUCUCAUGAUGUGAACUUAUUGACCCGUGGAUCAGAUCAUUUGGAUAUCAUUAUUGGAUUUACAUCUGGAGAUAUUGUAUGGUUUGAUCCUUUAUGCAACAAAUAUGGUCGUAUCAACAAAGGGGGUUUGAUGAAUUCUUCUUCUAUCACGAUGAUUCGCUGGCUUCAAGGUUCUGAAAAUUUACUCAUGGCUGCAUUUCAAGAUGGUUCAAUCAUGAUCUUUGACAAGGAAAAAGAAGAUGAUGCCUUUCGUCCUGACAAUGAUAAUGAUGAUGAUGAAGAUAAUGAUGAUGAUUUUGAUAGUGGUGUUGAUGAUGAAUUGUCCAGUCAAACAUCACCUAAAUCAACUGAUUCUCACUGGCAUUUCCACCAUAAAUAUUCAACAGCAACAAGAACAUCAAAUCGAAUCCCAUCCACCAAAUCAAAUUCUCGGUCUAGAACUCCCAAGCAAACUUUCCGUGUGUCCAAGUCUUCUUCCAAAUUGGCUGCCAAGUGCAACCCUGUAUCUCAUUGGAAACUAUCAAAUCAAUCUAUUACUGCUUUUGCCUUCUCACCAGAUUGCCAACAUGUUGCCGUUGUAGGAUUAGAUGGUUACCUCAGGAUCAUCAAUUAUGUAAAUGAAAAACUCUAUGAUGUAUAUGAAUCUUAUUAUGGUGGUCUGCUCUGUGUAACAUGGAGUCCUGAUGGAAAAUAUAUAUUGGCUGGUGGACAAGAUGAUUUGGUGACUAUAUGGGCAUUUCGAGAACAACGUAUCAUAGCAAGAUGUCAAGGUCAUAGUUCAUGGGUGACAAGUGUAGCAUUUGAUUCUUGGAGAUGUGAUGAACGUGUAUACCGAUUUGCAAGUGUAGGUGAAGAUGCCAAAUUGAUUCUAUGGGAUUUUUCUGUACCAGCAUUACAUCGUCCAAAAGCAAAGGUGAAUACUAGACAUCGAGGAGCAUCAGUAUCAUCCACCACCAAUCCUAAUUUGAUUCAGAGUUCACCCAAUCGACCUACGACAGUCCAUGCUGUGGCCUCCAAAACUGAAGUUGCCUUUUUACAACCUACCGUAGUCAAGACUAUUCAUGCUGAUCCUUGUGUUGGUGUUUAUUAUAGAGAAGAUGCCAUUGUAACAACUGAUAAACGUGGUCGUGUAUGUGUUUGGAAACGACCUUAAUAAACUUUUUUUUUUGACACAUGUUGAUACUCCGAUGAUUUUCGACUUUGAGCGGUUGAAAUGGUGGUGACUUGCGGAUUACCCUAAC